UGGUGAGCUUUCUUUUAUGAGCUACACAUAUUGUUGACAUUGUGUCACACUGCUUUUUAAUUUCUAAUGUGUUUUUAAUUUGCAAAGUAUGUGUAUCCUUUCACAGCAGUAGCACUGAGCAGUAGCAUUUUGGAAUCUAGACAUUGCUUUAGGCAGAUGAGUUGGGUCAGGCUUAAGGAUGCUGUAUCAUAAGGCUUAGAUUUACUGAAACACACUUGUGAAUGAAUUUCACUUUGAAUAUUGUUGAAUGAAAGAAGAUACUGAGAAAGGCUUUUCCCCCACAAGAACUUCUCUUGCCUCUUGGCAAGUGAAUUGCCCCAAUAUAAAAGCGUUGAGGGGGGAAAAGUGAGCCGCAGAGUGAAAAGGCAAUCCACAAAUAAUCACUCUUUUCUGCCUUUGAUUGUGUCAGAUUUUUUUGUGUGUGUGGCAGUUGUUUUCUUUCUCGCUUAGAAGAGGUUUAUGGUCCAGUGUCUGUCAAGUCAGACCCUGUCUUAAGGUUGCAGUUGUAUUUCUCUCUGGAGUUCCUAGAGGUGAUGUUAUCUUUUGUUCACUCAGCAGUGUGGUCAUUCCUGGGAGCAUCUGUCACUUUAGGCAUUACAAGAUGGAUGGGUCUCCAGUGAACUGCUGGUUGAGGCAAAUGGUGAAAAUAAGAAAAGACAAGGGGUUUCAGGGUCUGCAGAGAGGACAGACAACAAGGAAAUACUGCUAGAAAUCAAGAGUAAGCUGAGCAAUAGAGGAAGCGAGAGCAAAGAUGGAUCGUGUGUCCUUUUAUAAACAUCUUGGAGAGCAGAGUCUCGGGGUGGCUGCUGUGAUCUGAAGGCGACAUCUUCGAUAUGGUACAAAAAAGCUUUAAUCAAGUAAAAUCUAGGCAACAGGCUCCCUGAAGUGUUGACAGCCCAACUAAAUCAUGAACAUGGUUCAAAAAUGUUAAUAAAUAAACCAAGACCAUGGGGAAUUCAUAUGCUGGGCAACUGAAAUCUGCUCGAUUUGAAGAAGCUCUCCACAACUCCAUUGAAGCCUCUCUGAGAUGUAGUAAUGUGGUACCACGACCAAUUUUUUCCCAGCUGUACCUGGAUCCUGACCAGCAUCCUUUCUCCUCUGCAGAUGUAAAACCCAAGGUGGAGGAUCUGGAUAAAGACUUGGUACACCGAUACACCCAAAAUGGCAGCCUGGAUUUUUCUAACAACCUCACAGUAAAUGAAAUGGAAGAUGACGAAGAUGAUGAAGAUAUGUCAGAUUCAAAUAGCCCACCAAUUCCCUAUUCACAGAAACCUGCCCCUGAAGGCUCUUGCACUACAGACGGUUUUUGUCAAGCAGGAAAAGAUUUGCGUUUGGUAUCUCUGUGUAUGGAACAGAUUGACAUCCCAGCAGGAUUUCUCCUGGUGGGGGCCAAGUCUCCCAACCUUCCUGAACACAUCCUAGUGUGUGCUGUAGACAAGCGAUUCCUACCAGAUGAUCAUGGGAAAAAUGCACUUUUAGGGUUUUCUGGAAACUGUAUCGGCUGUGGAGAAAGAGGAUUUCGAUAUUUCACGGAAUUUUCCAACCACAUAAACUUGAAGCUCACCACCCAGCCAAAGAAGCAGAAGCACUUAAAGUACUACCUAGUCAGAAGCUCCCAGGGUGUACUGUCGAAGGGACCUCUUAUCUGCUGGAAAGAAUGUAGAAGCCGACAAUCCUCUACCACUUGCCACUCCAUUAAACCAAACUCUUCAGUGUCAUCAACUGUGACCCCAGAAAACGGCACAACAAAUGGAUACAAAUCAGGAUUCAUUCAGACAGAUUCACCGGUUCUCAGUCCAGCUAAUUCUGCAAUCAAUUUAAGUGGCGCUCAGGACCUGACCCGGAAUAAGAAUGUUGUGAAGCCACUGGCUUUGUCUUUGCAGGUUGUAGGGAAGACUUUUGCUGCAGAUGCUGCUAAUGGAAACAGUAGCCAUGGAGGAAAGAGCAGUGCGUCUAGCUCCACGCCCGCCCGCCCAGGAAAUUAUUCGUUGUCACCAAGACCUAGCUUUGCCUCGGGAGACCAAGCUACCAUGUUCAUUUCUGGGCCACCAAAGAAGCGACACCGAGGAUGGUAUCCUGGGUCACCCAUCCCCCAACCUGGUUUAGUUGUUCCUAUUCCUACAGUUCGCCCUCUUUCAAGAACAGAGUCCCUUUUAUCUACCCCAGUUCCACAGACCCCAUUAACUGGAAUUUUACAACCUCGACCCAUUCCUGCAGGGGAAACUGUAAUUGUUCCUGAAAAUCUGCUGAGUAACUCAGGAGUUAGACCAGUUAUCCUAAUAGGCUAUGGCACUUUACCCUAUUUCUAUGGAAAUGUUGGUGACAUUGUUGUCAGUCCUCUGCUGGUGAACUGCUACAAGAUUCCACAGUUGGAAAACAAGGAUUUGGAACAAUUAGGGUUGACUGGCAGCCAACUCCUGAGCGUGGAAAACAUGAUUCUUCUGACAAUACAGUAUCUCGUACGGCUGGGUCCUGAUCAGAUACCUCUCAGGGAAGAAUUUGAACAAAUUAUGCUGAAAGCUAUGCAGGAAUUUACUCUGCGAGAGAGAGCCCUGCAGAUGGGCGCGCAGUGCACGCCAGUGUCACCAGGACAACUGCCCUGGCUGGCUAGAUUAAUUGCCAGCGUGUCUCAAGACUUGGUUCAUGUGAUUGUGACCCAGAACUCUUUGGCAGAGGGCAUUUCAGAGACUUUGAGGACUCUCAGUGAAAUGAGGCAUUAUCAAAAACUCCCGGAUUAUGUGGUAACCAUUUGUGCUUCGAAAAUCAGAGGAAAUGAGUUUUGCGUGGUCGUAUUAGGUCAGCACCAGUCCAGGGCUCUGGCAGAGAGCAUGCUCACCACAAGUGAGUUUUUGAAAGAAAUUAGUUAUGAACUCAUCACGGGAAAGGUCAGUUUCCUGGCAUCGCAUUUCAAAACCACAUCGUUAGGUGACGACCUAGACAAGCUGCUAGACAAAAUGCAACAGAGACGAGGAGAUAGUGUGGUGACCCCUUUCAACGGAGACCUUAAUGAAUACGUGUCGCCUCAGGAGGCUGCUGCUAUGAGCCCCACGCAGAACCUGGAUUUAGGGAAUGAGACCUUCCAGAUUUAUCAGCCGCAGCUCACAGUUGCCAGAAAACUCUUGUCCCAGGUGUGUGCUAUCGCGGACAGCGGCAGCCAGAGCCUGGACCUUGGCCACUUCAGCAAGGUGGAUUUCAUCAUCAUUGUCCCAAGGUCAGAAGUCCUGGUGCAACAAACUCUUCAACGGAUUCGACAAUCAGGUGUCCUUGUAGACUUGGGUCUGGAGGAAAAUGGGACAGCCUGCCAGAGAGCAGAGAAAUAUGUUGUUCGUCUAGACAAUGAGAUACAAACCAAGUUUGAAGUUUUUAUGAGAAGGGUGAAGCAGAACCCAUACACGCUGUUUGUGCUAGUCCAUGACAACUCCCAUGUGGAACUAACGAGUGUCAUGUCGGGCUCUUUGUCACAUGGUGAGCCCGGCCAUGGAUUGGCUGACAGGGUCAUUAACGGCAGAGAGGUUCUGGAAGCUUUCAACCUCCUGGUGCUCCAGGUCACCUCCUGUCCAUACACUCUGCAGACCCAACAGUCUCGAAUCAGCACCAGCAACGAGGUGCACUGGAUGCAGCUGGACAGCACAGAGGACGUGAGCUGUGAGGAGAAGCUGUACUUCGGCCUGAACGAGUACAGUAAAUCUCUGCAGUGGGGAAUCACAAGCCCCCUUCUGAGAUGUGACGAUACAUUUGAAAAAAUGGUGAACACGCUCUUGGAGAGGUACCCAAGGCUGCAUAGCAUGGUGGUUCGCUGCUACCUCCUCAUCCAGCAGUACUCGGAGGCCCUGAUGGCUCUGACCACCGUGGCAUCCCUGCGUGACCACAGCACACCAGAGACCCUCAACAUCAUGGAUGACCUCCUCAGCUGCCCGGGGAAGAACCGCAGCGGGCGCGGACACAUGCUCAUUCUCCGGGUGCCCUCCGUGCAGCUGGCGAUGCUGGCCAAGGAGCGGCUGCAGGAGGUGCGCGACAAGCUGGGGCUCCAGUACCGCUUCGAGGUGGUCCUGGGGAACCCCGCCUCUGAACUCAGCGUGGCAGCCCACUUUGUGGCGCGACUAAAGACCUGGAGAGGAAAUGAAGCAGAAGAGUGGGUCCCUCGGACGUACCAGGAUCUAGAAGGUCUGCCUUGUAUUGUGAUAUUAACUGGCAAAGAUCCUCUUGGAGAAACCUUUCCCAGGUCUCUAAAGUACUGUGACCUCCGGUUAAUUGAUUCAAGCUACUUAACCCGCACGGCCUUGGAGCAGGAGAUGGGGCUGGCCUGCUGCUACGUGUCCAAAGAGGUGAUCCGGGGGCCCACUGCCGCCCUGGACCUCAGCGGCAAGGAGCAAGAGCGAGCCACGGCCAGCGAGAAUGACACCGAGGAGCUGCUGAUCGACCUGGAGAGACCCCAGAGUAACAGCAGCGCCAUCACGGGAACUUCAGGCUCCAUCAUGGAGAAUGGGGUCAGCUCGUCCAGCACCGCCGACAAGUCCCAGAAGCCGCCCCCGACACCCAGCUUCCGGAGUCCGGUCCCCAACGCGGGGCUGGACGAGGGGCUCUCGGCCGGCCCGGCGGGACCCGGGGAGUCCCUAAAGCAGGAGUGCGACUCGCUGGGGCCCCCGCUGGCCAGCAGCACCACCGCCAAGCCGUCGCCGUCGUCAUCGGGGCCCGGGGCGCUGCCGUGGCCCGGGCCGCCGGGCCGGGCCGGCCGGCCCCCCCAGGCCGCGCUGCCCCCAGUGGUCAUCCUGUCCAAGGCGGCCUACAGCCUUCUGGGCGCGCGGCGGGGCGGCAAGCUGCCGGCGGCCGCGGCCCUGCUGCCGCACCCCGACGUGGCCUGGGCCAGCCCGCUGCGCCCGCCGCCGCCCGCGCACGCCGGCCCCGAGGAGCAGUCGCUCUACUACCGCCGCUGGACGGCCGCGCGGCCGCACCACGCCGACCACGGCAACCCGCCAGACCCCGCCUCUGGCGCGCGGGCCUGCCACCCGCGCCGGCUCCUGCUGAGCGGGCCCCCCCAGGUGGGGAAGACGGGCUCCUACCUGCAGUUCCUGAGGCUCCUCUUCCGCAUGCUCAUCCGGCUGUUGGAAGUGGACGUGUACGACGAAGCCGAGAUCAACACCGAUCACAGUGAAAGCAGUGAGGUGAGCCAGUCAGAGGGCGAACCCUGGCCUGACAUCGAGAGCUUCAGUAAAAUGCCCUUUGACGUCAGUGUGCACGACCCCAAGUACAGUUCGAUGAGCCUGGUAUAUACUGAGAAGCUGGCAGGGGUCAAACAAGAAGCGAUAAAGGAACCCAAAGCUGAGGAGCCCCGGAAACGAGAAACUAUGUCCAUGAUGCUGACCAAGUACGCGGCCUACAACACCUUCCACCACUGCGAGCAGUGCCAGCAGUACAUGGACUUCACCUCUGCCUCCCAGAUGUCCGACUCCACUCUCCACGCCUUCACGUUCUCGUCCUCCAUGCUGGGAGAAGAGGUGCAGCUCUACUUCAUCAUUCCCAAAUCCAAAGAGAGUCACUUUGUCUUCAGCAAGCAGGGCAAGCACCUGGAGAGCAUGCGGCUGCCACUGGUCUCAGACAAGCAGAAUUUGAACGUGGUCAAGAGCCCUAUUUUCACCCCCUCCAGCGGUCGCCACGAGCACGGACUUCUAAACCUCUUUCACGCCAUGGAGGGCAUCAGCCACUUGCACCUGCUGGUGGUCAAAGAGUACGAGAUGCCGCUGUACCGCAAAUACUGGCCCAACCACAUCAUGCUGGUGCUUCCUGGCAUGUUCAAUAACGCAGGCGUGGGUGCUGCCAGGUUCCUCAUUAAGGAGUUGUCUUAUCACAACCUGGAGCUGGAGAGAAACCGCCUGGAAGAGCUGGGAGUUAAACGCCAGUGUGUCUGGCCUUUCAUCGUCGUGAUGGAUGACUCAUGUGUCCUGUGGAACAUUCACAGUGUUCAGGAGCAGAGCAGCCAGCCCAUGGAAACAGGAGUUUCCAGUAAGAAUGUGUCCUUGAAGAGUGUCUUGCAGCACAUGGAGGCGACACCGAAAAUCGUGCACUACGCCAUCCUGGGCAUCCAGAAGUGGAGCAGCAGGCUGACUUCUCGGAGCCUCAAGGUCCCGUUCUCUAGGUGCCACGUGCACGACUUCAUCCUCCUCAACAUAGACCUGACUCAGAACGUGCAGUACGACUUCAACAGGUAUUUCUGUGAAGAUGUUGACUUUAACCUGAGAACGAACAGUAGUGGACUGCUCAUCUGCCGCUUUAACAACUUCAGUCUCAUGAAGAAACAUGUGCAAGUUGGCGGGCAGAAGGACUUUAUCAUUAAACCAAAGAUCAUGGUGUCAGAGAGCAUGGCGCCUAUCCUGCCCCUACAGUAUGUCUGUGCUCCCGACAGUGAGCACACCCUUCUGGCAGCCCCCGCACAGUUCCUCCUGGAGAAGUUCCUGCAGCACGCCUCCUACAAACUCUUCCCCAAAGCUAUCCGAAACUUUCGGAGCCCCGUGCUGGCCAUCGACUGCUACCUUAACAUUGGACCAGAGGUGGCCGUAUGCUACGUCAGCUCCAGACCCCACUCCAGCAACGUCACCUGUGAAGGGGUGUGCUUCGGUGGACUCCUCCUGUACCUCUGUGACUCUUUUGUAGGUGCUGAUCUUCUUAAGAAAUUUAAGUUUCUCAAAGGUGCUACCCUGUGUGUCAUCUGCCAAGACAGAAGCUCCCUGCGCCAAACGAUUGUCCGCUUGGAGCUGGAGGACGAGUGGCAGUUCCGCCUCCGGGAUGAGUUCCAGACCGCCAACAGCAGCGAUGACAAGCCGCUCUACUUUCUCACCGGACGUCACGUAUGACCUUUUGAAGAGACCAAAACUAGCAAAGGGAUGCCUAGAUGUGGUGGGGCAGAAAUAAUUAUUGGGGAUUUAAUUAUUUCCUUUAAAGUACAAUCACUGUGGAGCAAAGUGCAACAUGUAUUUGUCGGUUCUCCAAAGAAACCCCCACCCCCAAAUCUGACCCAGAUCUCUGGGGGGCAUCACUUUCUUUCACUUCCAGUUUCAGGACCUUAAAUUCAGGUCAACUCCACCCUAGGUAGUUAUGCAAUUAACUCAAGAUGUGGUCUGCCCACGGGAGCCUGAGGAGGAAAUAGUGUGGAGAAACCGCAUGGAUGCUGCGUUGUUUUUUCUACUAUGCUCUGUCGGGGGAAAACUGACUCUUGGCGUUAGCGAGCCUGAAUGUGUUACGUGACUCACGCCAUUGGUGUGGAAUUAAUUGAAGAUUAACAUUUGAGGCCUGAGCCCUCAGUUUCUCUUCAGAUCUGUACUUUGGUACAGUAUUACUCAGGGGUCUGAAAUGAUAGAAUGUAGAAAUAUUUGUAUUUAAAAAAAAAGUAGCCUUGUCUUUCUCUGUGCAGUGUUAGUUUAUGAUUUAUAAUCUUGUAUGUAUUGAAACUUUUGGCAAAAUUUCCACAGGAGUUGAAAGUUUACUAUUUAAACUGAACAAACACGUUAGUAAAUGCAGAGCAGGCGCUGUGUGUAUUUAUGCAGCUUCUCCUGGCUUAAGUUCUUUUGCUUUAUCCAUUCUUUAAAAAUGUUUCCAGUCUCUUAAGCACAUCAUGCCUGUGAGAAUAUGAACAGUGAUUAAUCUUGUACAAGGAAAACCUGAUUCAAAAGUUGAGCCAAUUAAGAAGGUUUUAGCAGUCGCCCCACACCCACUCCACUGGGUUGGAAUUAAGCAUUUGGCACCAGCAAAGCUAAAUGUCAGGCAGGCCAAGCUUCUGUGUGGAGUGGAACUAGUUUGUUUCCUUUCAAAGACUAAAGCAGUUUCCUUUCAAAAAUACACUGAAUUAGCUGCCUUAUACUGACAAUACCACAGAAACUGCUGAAAUGGGAAACAGAGCCAUAGAGAGAGAGGCUGUUUUACUUAAUUCUACCAGUGAGUGAGUGAGUGUGUGUGUGUGUGUGUGCGCGCGUAGUAAAAAAGAAUUCCAUUUAAGUCUUUUUGACUCAAAAAUCAGCAGGGGAUCUUUGUUCAGUAUCAACAGCAGGAGGCAUAAGUUUAUACAGACUUUUACCACAUAUUUUAAUCAAAAACGGAUUUCUAGAAAAUGUUCUAGAACAUAAUAAGUUUAUUGGAAGUUGAUUCUUCCAAAUUACUUCAAUUCUCAUUGAUGGCUUGACAUUUUUCUUAUUAGCCCAUAUAUCACUUUAUCUCCACUUUACACAGCCGUUUUUACUUGAAUAGAUGUCUUGUUUAUGGCCGGAAACCACUGCAAGGGGCCUGCUAAGCCUACGUUCACUCGGAACAGACAGUGUUACCUGACCAGCUUUACUAGUUUGUGAUACAGAGUUUACAGAGAGUGAAAAGACAGAAUGUACUACUCUGAAAAUGAUUUCAGAUCUCUUGGUUUUAAUAGCUAUUUUUGUUUUAUAUAUAUCUUAAAAUGAACAAUUCCUUUUAAAAAUUCCAUUUUUAAUUGAUCUUUAAAGAGGACCUGCCUUAUAUAUGCUUUAAAAAUACUUGUUAAUUUUACUUCAGCAGAACUUUUGGCAAAGAGGUACGUUCUGAAGCAGGCUGCUUUAGAUAUGAAUGUAUUUCACUGGUUUUGUUGACAGGGCCUACUGCAGAUGAUAUCAAGAAACCCACUGCUUGUGCAAUAUUCCAAUAUUUACUACAUAGGGCAAAUAAAAUACUUGAAAUAAUCCUAAAACAGCUGUUCCUGGGGCAGAUGGCGUCUCAGGGUUUCUUCUGGCUUUAUGGCUUCAGUCUAAGGAAAAAAAUUUUAAGUACUUAUUUGAGCUGUGGAGACUCCAUAUUUGUUAGGACUACACUCAGAAAAAAUCAAAUGAUUAUGAUCUCUUAAAUUCUGUUUAACUCUGUGGAAGAGAAAUGCCAGAAUAAAGCCAAAAGACCAUCACCCUGAUGAUGGAGAAUUUAAACUGACCUGCCUAUUCUUUUCAGUGUCUGUCUUACCAAGGCUUGGAUCUUUUAAAAUCACCUUAUCAGUAUAAUUCUUUAGAGAAUGUUAGGUCGUUCUCCUUUAAGGAUAAAAUUGCACAAGCACAGCCCACCAUGAUUUGGUUAAUACAACCCCUGGUGUGUUCCACUUCGAGCCUCGCCAGCCCUUAGAAUAUCAUGGUGUGAAUGUGUUCACUUGGCCUGCAGAAUAACUGACCUAUAGACCUGUUAAACCCUGCCAUAUGUGAGGGUUCCCACAGGUUAAUACUGAAUGUAAACUUACAAUGAGAACUGCUGUAUUCAAUUUUUUGGGUUGUAAUUUAUGCAAUUGCUUCUUGUGAUUUUUAGAAAAGGAGGCACCUGUGUUACUUUAUUACUGUAAAGUUUCUUAACCAAAAUUUGGUGAAUUUCACUAGUCAGUCUACCUCACAUUUUGUUUAUGAUUCUAAAUUGUCUUGUGUUGACAGUACAUUCUUGUCCUUUCAUUUAAUUUGGUGAAUGUAUUAAAUUCUCCCCCACCCCCUAAGAAGAAAGUGUGUUUUCUUUACAUUUUCUGCUAUGUUCAAAAAUGGAAUGAGCUGGUUCUGCCAAUGUCCGAGAAAGGCCACAAGUCCACGUCAUAAGUUGGAUAACUCUAAGAUUCUAUUAUUCUGGCUUAACGGUGCAAGAAAGUGCUGAGUAAGUAUUUGUGGACUGAAAAUCUAUAGCUUAUCCAAAGAAGAUACACACGUAUAAAGUAUCUACACACCAUGCCCACUUGCAGAGUGCUACAUAAUUAUGAAUAACAGAGCUAGAAAUGAUUAAAGAAAUGUUAGAAAUAUCCAUGGUACAUCCCCGAGCUUUUGUUUUAUGGAUGGCAACUGUAUUCAUUUCCAUGUCCCAUGAAGCAGACUUUGGGAUGGUAGAAUUGUGUAGUAUAACCUAAGGUUACUCUCCAUUUUAUUUCUAAAUUCUAAUUUCACCAGCUUUAGCGAAUUAACUUCUUAUUCCGGGGGGGGAAAUGCCUUUCAGUUCUAUUACGUUGACAGUGCUAAAACAGCCUUUGAUAUAGAAUGUAAAAACACUCUUUAGGGUCCGAGGUCCCUGGCUGUUGCCUCAGGAGGGCCAGUAGCUAUCUUAAGUCUGCUGACAGACCCAGGAGCAAGUAGGACGCUGCCCGUGUCCCACCACACACCCCACUGAGCUGCCCUGGAAAGACUACCAGCUGUGAAACUGCCUGCUGUAGCUCUGUAUUCAACUACGGAGAGCCGAACAAUAUCCAGAGAACACACAUGCCUCAGGCUUGUCUUCAGUCAUGGCAAGAAGCUCAUAAGCUCCCUCUGGGUCUAAGAGAAUAUCGAUAAAACAGUGAAACCCUGGCUUCCCUGAAAAAAACAAAAAAUCAUCACUAAAGAUGCAGGAAGGACCUCUGGGACCAAGGAAACACUGUAAAUUCCUGUGUCUUAGCUGCCAAGUAUUAAGCUGAGGAAAGAAUCUAUAGUUGACCCUUCAACAAUACAGGUUUGAACUUCACAGGUAUACUUAUACACAAUUUUUUUCAAAAAAAGAAAACAAUGUACUACAGUACUACACAGUCCCUGGUGGGUUGAAUCUACAAAGUGCUAAUAUAAAGAGCCGACUGUAAAGUUAUACCUGAUUCACGACUACAUGUGGGGUUAGCACCCCAACCCCCACGUUGUUCAGGUGUCCACUGUACUUCAGUGAUUAUGAUAGCAAAUGGAAUAGGAAUAGUUAGAAAAAGCAACAAUUAAGUUUUCUUACCAAUUCUUUGCUGUUCUAAGACAGAAUCUUCCCUUGAUCUGCUAGAAAGCCCAAGAAUCAUGAGAACAGGUAGAAGGCAUAUGUGUCUGCAGUCGCUACCCCAGAAAUCGAUUUAGCCACCUUCACCGCCAGCGAACUAACUACAGCCAGGAAGGAAUGUGGCUGUGUUCCUACCAAGAUGCCCUAGCUGGGCAGCCAUGCAAACUAAGUGACAAUUAAAAUAUCAGUGUAUGUCUGCUAUAUUUACUGUUCUUAUGAUAGUUAUGAUUUUAGUAGAUAUAUCAAGUUCACUCUUGCACAUUAUAAACUGAUAAAAUACUGAUUUUUAUAAUGCUGACAAAAUGAAAUAAAACCAUUGUAUGUCCACGUAAGCAAGAGCAUAACGUGUAAGAUCA